AUGCCGUGGAAAAAUGCAAUAGGCAAUGCAGAGCUGUCAGCGAAGGCGACUAUUGACGAAUCAUCAUUGUUAAACUUAAAAGCACUUGGAGAAGCCAUUCUGAUGUAUUGGGUAAGCCAUUUCCCAAGGAUCUUUCCAUACAUAUUCAUGUCAUGGAGGACAGGAAAUUGCCCUUUAACUUUGGCGUCUUCGAAUCUUUGUUGUGCUCUUAGCAUCAUUUCCUUAGAAGUUCUCAAGUUAUUAAGUGGUCUUAAAGCGUGCUCAAACUGACAAUUGACUGUAAUAUUAAGUAAAUCGAAAAUAAACUUUUCCCAAGCGUUGUCGAACAAAUUCUUCUGAGCCUCUUCGCUCAUUGAAUAUUCGCAAUCUGCUGCAUCAACGUUCGUGAUCAAGUCAGCGCCUUCAAGAACACCAGUUAAAAACUGAUUAUGAAUGUUUUUCUCAGAAAGAGCAAGAGUAGACAAAAAGAAUAAGAAGAGAACAGCUUUCAUUUUAUUUUCUAUGGCUAUUAAGUAUAAAAUAUGAGCAUAUAUGUAA